ACUAAGCUGACGGCCAUGGCAGUUUACCUAGUCACGCGAGAAAAAAAAUGUGAAUUUACGAAUUGAAUAUUCUUUUGUUAUAAUUGACUUAUUAAACUCUAAAUAGUAUUUUUCUCGUUAUUCAAGGUGUGCAUUACAUGGCGCGUACGAUGAACGUGUUACUGGAAGAGUUUCGGCGGCGAAACACAAUGUAUUUCUUCGUUAAAAACUAAUUUGUGAAUCGUGUAAAAAAAGUGUUUUUUUGUGCUCUUCGCCUCAACAUCAGGUCUUCAACAUGAACCACACAGCGGCCACAUUACAGGGUAACAUGGACGUUGACCCGCUCAGUUCCUACGAGUACCCAACAUACAAUCCGUACCCAGCACCAACGUACCCGUACCCUAACAAGCUACAGUCCAUGUACCAAGCGUACCACAACGCCAACUAUGUCAACAACAGUUACCCACAGGAACCGUACCAAAAUGAUGUACCAACACAAAGUACUGAACAAAUUUAUGAAGAUAAGAGUAAGACGGUACCAGAAAGUGUGGUGGAACCGAAACCGGUAGCCAGAAGAAAAAAGAAAGAGAAAAGUGGUCAAAAAAGUACUUACUGUUCGGAAAAAAUUAUGGAUUCUUCAUUCAAGUUCUAUGGUUGUUCUAUUUGUAAUAUUAGCUACACCGCACUACACGAAUUAGAUCAACAUGUGACCGUACACAAAAAUAGAAUGACGAGUUACAGACUACGUUUAAGAAAUCAAUUUAAGAAGAAACAAAUUAAAAAAGAGAAGAAGAAGUUAAAAAAAUUGAUUAAGGUUAAGAAGGAGAAUUUCGAUGAUAUUGAAAUUAAGCCGGAGGACGGUUAUAUUGGGAACGAGAAGGCUUCAGAAGUUAUUAGUAACGGUAUCAAUAAUACGGAACAAAAUAUUGAUGUUAAUAAUAGUAUAGAACAUGCAGACGGACAGACAGAUUCUAACGCAGAAAAUACUAUUUCUAACAACACAACUACAGAACUCUCAAAUGGAGGAAAUACAGAUAAAAAUAUUGAAGACAGUGUUAAUAAUAUGAAUGGAAAAGAAAAUAGUAUGGACGAGACAGAGAUGAACAAUUUAGAGAAAAUAUACAAGUGCUUUGCAUGUCAAAAGCAAUUUACUUUGAGUUACUACUUGAAACUACAUGUUAGAUCUCAUACAGACGAGAAGCCCUACACUUGCAGUGCCUGCGGACAGUCAUUCAUAACAGCGAGCAAGCUCGGACGACACAACAAGCGUAUACACCUCGCUCAGCGCUACCAGUGUCGCAUCUGUUUCAAGAUAUACUCACGAUUUGAGCUGCUGACUGCACACUUUGAUAAAACUCAUCCUGAAGACAAAUUAGAAGGAGAGCCAUAUGACUACAACGCAAUCCUACCAUAUCUGAAAGAGUUAGAGGAGCAACUCCGCACAGCUGAGCAACCGGAAGAACCGGACUGCAAACCGGUAGGGACGGAUAAUAAGCCGGACGUGUCUGCCGGACUAUGGGAGCAGACAGUCGGACCCUAUGAAGUGCCUGUCAUAGACUCCAGGGUCAAACAAGAGUGUCAAGAAGAAGACCAGAAAGAUUUGGUGCCGAAAAUAGACAAAAUAGACAUAGUUAUAGAGAACGUGAAGCUGGACUCCGACCUCGAGGUGAAGGUUAAGCAGGAGGUGUCUGAUGAUGACGGAGGGGUGGGAGGGGAUGCGGAUGAGGCGGGGGAUGACGGGGAUGCGGCGGAUGCGUUCGAUGUUAAAGGGGAGGAUAGCACCUCAGACGAGGACUACUUCCCAUCCAACACGUGGGCAGCUCCCCCCUCCCCCCCUCCCUGCUCCCCCCCACGUCGCGGGGCUGGUGGGGGUGGGGGUGGCCGCACGUGCCCCGUGUGCCACAAGCGAGUGUCCAGUGCCUCGUAUAUGCGCGUACACGCGAGGACGCACACGGGAGAGAGGCCGUACAAGUGUUAUAAGUGUGGUCGGGGCUUUAUCACGUCGAGCAAGAUGCAUAGGCAUGUGCUGACUCAUCAGACAGAUAAAGGUGAGGACACAAAGGUAGAGCCUGAAACAGAAACGGCUGACGAUCAGCCGACUGACAUCCCCGCGGCCGAAGACGACGGCGAUACCAAGCCAGCUAAGAAGAAAUCUAAGAUGAAAUCCAAGUUAACCAAAGCUAAGAGUACAGAAGAGAAACCGCGACGCAAACAUCAGAAGCGGCCCCACGCCUGCGAGUACUGCAACCAGAAGUUCCUUCACCUGAACAUGUUAGAAGUACACCGGCAGUCGCACGCGGGCGAAGCCCGAGUGCUCCGCUGUCAGUACUGCCUGGAGGCCUGCGACGACGCCGCCGCCCGCGCCGAGCACGAGGCCACGCACGCGGGGCCGAAGCCCUAUCUGUGCACUAUAUGUGGGAAGCAGUAUAAGAAGAGGGAGACUAUGGUGUACCACCGCAAGCGCCACUCGCCGGACAAGGAGCUGGUGUGCGAGGUGUGCAGCGCGCGGUUCAGCGCGGCGUGCAAGCUGGCGGCGCACAUGGCCACGCACCGCGCGGCGCGCUUCGUGCUGCGCUACGAGUGCCCCGUGUGCGCGCACAUGUUCCACACGCGCUACCACGUGCGCAUGCACCUCAACACGCACCAGAGGGAGGGACUAAUUCUAGAAGAAAACCGCAGCGAAGUGCUCGCAAUGGUGCUGCAAAACGCUCGCAAAAUACCCAAACAGGGCGACGCCCCCCAGCUGACGGACACCAUGCCGACGGACGAGCGAUCCCGCGUGUGCAACAUAUGUGGCGAAGUGUUCCACCACUUCUACUAUCUAGAGGAACAUCUGAAGAGUCACGGCUCCCGAAUAGCCAUCACAGAUAUCGACAAACCAGAAGAUAAAAAAUACAUCUGUGAAAUUUGCAACAAAGGAUUCAAGUUACACUAUUACUUAAAACUACACUUAUUCACACACUCUAAAGAAAAGCCCUUUAUUUGCCAACAGUGCGGAAAAGGGUUCAUAACGAAAGGGAAACUUAAAAGACACUUAGAGACCCACACGGGUCUUAAAAAAUACCAAUGUCAUAUUUGUUAUAAGUUCUUCACUCGACCUAGCUACUUAAGGAUACAUAUAAGAACUAUUCACGGGACGCAGGAUUAUAACUUUAGGUUUGACAAGAGCUAUGGGUUAGGCUUGUCAAUGUCAGCGGGACCGAUGUCAGAUGUCAGUCAGAAUAGUGUAUGAAGUUUCUUGCCCAAGUGCCCACUGCUGGGCUAGGUAUGUUAAAAACAUUGAGAUACAAAAACCCAAGAUGCACAGUCUCGAAUAACAGUGACGCUCGAAAGUGUCCCCGAACACUAAUUCUGUCUCUUUCUGUAAGGUACAAGCAUAUGUUAUUGCAGUUAAAGUCGUUAUUAGUAUAGCAAUAAAAUGUAGUUAAAGCAAUAAAAUUGUACGGCCGAAGUGGUCGGCUAGGACAAAGAAAAUGAGCGCACAAUUCUGAAUGUUGCGCUCAUUUGGUGAGGAUGUUUUUGAGACGUUGAGUGUGCAUCUUGGGUUUUUUGUAUUAUCAAUGUUUAAAAGGAAAUAUGUUUUAAAAUUGGUGUGUGAAUACGUAAAACGUAUUUUUGAUGUUCAAUAUAAUAAUAGGAAGAUUUUAACGGUGGGCAAUAAAGUGCCCAACAGUGGGCAAGAUUUUAUCAAAAAUUGUGGUAUUAAAAUACAGGUUUCGGGCAUAGGUCAACCGUGCAUAAUAAUUUAUUUUAUAGAUAGUUAAUUCGGAGGGAAAACUUAAUUUUAAUGUUUUUUUUUUUUAAUAAAUACCUCUUUUAUUGUAUACAGGGAGUGUCCCAUUGAGUGUAGAAGUGACAUCACUUAUUUUAAAACGAAAUUAUUAUCGAUACUGUGUACAUGACGAUAGAAUGUAAAAUUGAUUAACACAAUUUUAUGUUUAAAACAGUUCAU